GAGAAAACAAUUCCGCCUAAUAAUAAUAAGUCAACGUGUCCGGAAUCGUGUCAAUAUUUGGAUAGUGAGCUCAUUGGCUGGAUAUAAACUCAAAUUAAUCAAAGGACAGACAGUGAAAGUCCUUUAACACGAUGUGGCGAUUGCUGGUUGUGCUAGUGCUCCUUAUUUCUCAAAACCAGAUAAAGGCACAAACCUCGCUAAGCUAUGAACAAGCUCGUCAGGCGGUUCUCACGGCGGAGGAGGAGCUAAUGACUGGUGGACACACAUAUUUAAAUACCCAGGAGGCCAAGGUGGACGACAUAUUCAUGGAGUACAAACUCGGAGAGCUGGCGCAAGGAUUCCGGAAUGCCGAUCAGAAUGCAGCCGCUCUGCAUUUUUUCAAGGGAAAACCGCUGAUCGAUCGAAGUAAUAUCUUUCGGUUUCUUCAGAAGAUGCCGAAGGGAGCGGUUCUACACUUGCACAACACCGCUUCCGUGAGUUCCAAGUGGGUGGUGGAUGAUCUUUCGUACAUGCCAGGUCUACUACGAUGCACCACAGCCACGGGUCGAAGUACCCUUUCAUUCCGAAGGACACCGAAGGAGCAUAAAUGCCAGUCGCAGUAUGUCCUUGUUGCCGAUGAGCGACGCAACUCCUUGGAUCGUCAGGUGUACGAUAGGAAUUUUGAACGCCUCAUCAAUUUAUAUACUCCGGUUCCAGAAUUGGAGUACCCUACAAUAACCAAGGUUUGGGAUCGAUUCCAGGACAUGUUUGAUGUCCUCGGAGAUGCCUUAGCAUAUCUGCCAGCUUUUCGAGCCUACCACUGGCAAAUGCUCGAGGAACUUUACAAUGACAAUGUGAUGUACGCGGAAAUUCGCACCAGCUGCAAAGAGCUUUAUGACGCCAGUGGCCGCACUUUUCCCCGGGAACGUACAAUCCGUGAAAUGUAUGCACUAAAUGACAAAUUUGUGAAGCUGCACCCCGACUUUCUGGGUUUUAAAAUUAUAUUUGCGGUUUAUCGUGGUUACGAAAUGGAUAGGCUUAAGGAAAAGGUUGAAGAGUUUAGACAAUUGCACGAACUUAUGCCCCAUUUUGUGAUUGGUUUUGAUUUGGUGGGUCAAGAGGAUAAUGGAAAACCACUCUUUACUAUAUUGCCUGCCUUGAGGGAUUUGCCGCCCACAGCUCGUUUAUUUUUGCACGGUGGAGAAACCAAUUGGUUUGGUGCCUCAACGGAUAUUAAUUUGCUGGAUGCAUUGCUGCUAAACACCACUCGAAUUGGCCACGGUUACGCUCUGGCCAAGCAUCCCAUCCUAAUGAAUGCCGUUAAGACCCGCCAAAUCGCCGUGGAGGUGAGCCCCAUUUCGAAUCAGGUGCUGCAUUUGGUUUGGGAUCUGCGAAAUCAUCCGGGUGCCCAGUACUUGGCUCUUGAUGUGCCCGUGGUGAUAUGCAACGAUGAUCCAGGAUACUGGAAUGCCAAGGGAUUGAGUUACGACUUCUACUAUGCCAUAAUGAGUCUAGCGCCCAACAAUGCGGGAUUGAGGGUGCUCAAGAGUCUGGUGUGGAACUCGGUGAAGUAUUCCACUUUGACGGAGGAGGAACAGACGCGGGCCUUCCGAAUCCUAGAGCUCAGCUGGUCGCGUUUUAUAGAUAAGGUACUGCAAGGCAGUGUAUUCUAAGUGGA